GCAACAGCCACGAAUGAUGUUACAUCUACAACAGCCACGAAUGAAGCUACAUCUACAACAGCCACGAAUGAUGCUACAUCUACAACAGCCACGAAUGAUGCUGCAUCUACAACAGCUACGAAUGAUGCUACAUCUACAAUAGCCACGAAUGAUGCUACAUCUACAAUAGCUACGAAUGAUGCUACAUCUACAACAGCCACGAAUGAUGCUACAUCUACAACAGCUACGAAUGAUGCUGCAUCUACAACAGCUACGAAUGAUGCUGCAUCUACAACAGCUACGAAUGAUGCUACAUCUACAACAGCCACGAAUGAUGCUACAUCUACAACAGCUACGAAUGAUGCUGCAUCUACAACAGCUACGAAUGAUGCUACAUCUACAACAGCCACGGAUGAUGCUGCAUCUACAACAGCCACGAAUGAUGCUACAUCUACAACAGCCACGAAUGAUGCUGUACCUACCAGUAAAGCUGCAUCAACAGUAUCCACCAGGGACUGAGCAUCUACAACAACCACAAGUUAUAUUGAAUCUUAAGUAGCCCCGGGCAUAUUACAGCAGGCAACAAUGACUCACCCGAGGGAAAUUGGUUAAAACGAGUCGAAAACUAUUUUCAAGCAUUGGCGAUUGCGUGAAUCCUGAGGUUAUUGUAGUACGAAGGGUUUUUAUGUGUGCAAGAUACAUGUGAAGUUGACACGGGAUCCCUAACGACAGCUUGUGUCAACUUCUAAAUAAUUCAAAAGAAAGAUCUUAAUAACAAAGAAGUUGUAAAUC